CAGUGAAGCAGCAGCUGAACAUAAGGAAGAAAAGAUGUCUGGUCGCGGCAAACAAGGUGGAAAAGUCAGGGCUAAGGCCAAGACUCGCUCUUCUCGUGCCGGGCUGCAGUUCCCUGUGGGUCGUGUGCACCGUCUUCUGCGCAAAGGGAACUACGCAGAGCGCGUCGGGGCCGGAGCGCCCGUCUACUUGGCUGCUGUGCUGGAGUACCUGACUGCUGAGAUCCUGGAGUUGGCCGGCAACGCUGCCCGGGACAACAAGAAGACCAGGAUCAUCCCUCGCCACUUGCAGCUCGCCAUCCGCAACGACGAGGAGCUGAACAAGCUGCUGGGCAAAGUCACCAUUGCUCAAGGAGGCGUUCUCCCCAACAUCCAGGCUGUGCUGUUGCCCAAGAAAACCGAGAGCCACAAAGCUAAGAGCAAGUGAAGCUCUUCUCAACAAGGAAUCCCAAAAUCCAAAGGCUCUUUUAAGAGCCACCCACAACUUCAGCGAAAGAGCUAGUUAUCUCUAGUAUAAGUAACCGAUUCUAAUAUUUCUUUGUUAGUUCUCAAGCACAUUUUAAGAAUAUGCACAUCACAUCAGAGCCAAACAGCCUAUCAAAGGUUACGUAAUUGCUAGGUUGAUAUUUAUCUUGCAAUCUUGACUAAGGCAUGCUGUACUUCAACGACAUGCUAACCCUAUUUGUGUAACCCAAACGUGUUUACUCAAGUAAAAGCUAAACGGGAAAGAACGGGUUAAAAUGUCUCCAGAACAUUGAGGGUGGGGAGUGGCUAUCCAAAACUGCAAUGAUAGAAAGUUAAACGUAUUCAGUGCAUAAGGAUAGAGCACCUUGAGCAUAGUGACCAAAAGCAGUCCUCUAG